AUGCAAGCAGUCCGCAUCCACCCCAACCCAUCGAAACCCUGGGGUCCCGAGAACCCAGCUCCGUCCUCAGCGCUGCAUCUCGACAGCAACAUACCCAUCCCCAAGCCCUCCAAGCCCGGCGAUGUCCUGGUACGAGUCAAAGCUACGACGCUGGUCCGCGACACGCUCACCUGGCCCGAGAUGCUCGCAAAAGAAUAUCUCACACCUGGAAACGAUUUCGCCGGCGUGGUUGAAGCAGUCGUCGAUGAGAACUCUUCGGAAUUGAAGCCCGGUGACAAUGUAUUUGGUAUGAUCAAUGCAGAUCAUGGUGGAGCCUGGGCACAGUACGCUCUCGUCGAUGCUGAGAAAGGGGAGAUUGCGAGGAAGCCUCCUCAUGUUGGAUUCGAGGAAGCUGCAAGCGUGCCCUUGAGCGCUUUGACGGCGUGGCAGGCGUUGUUCCACAAAGGCGGAAUUGCAGCACCGUCCUCGAACGGGUCUGCAACAGCCAAAGGUACCAACGUCCUCAUCAUAGGUGCGUCUGGAAAUGUUGGCAUCUUUCUCGUGCAGUUGGCUGCAUUGGCUGGAUGCCAUGUCAUCGCUGCGAGCACAUCCAACGCAAGGAACGAGGACUUUCUCAAAAGUCUCGGAGCGAGCGAAGUGGUGGAGUAUAGCCAGCUCUGGGCCCGAAGUGCGGUCUACGACGUAGCCGUGGACACAGUGGGAGGAGAAGUACUUUCCAAGAUAUGGCCCCUCGCGGCCCCCAACGCAACACUAGUGUCAGUAGACUCUGCCAGCUAUGACUUCGUCAAAGAACUUCAGCCAACCUCCCGGCAGGACGUCAAGGCGAUCUGGUUCAUCGUGUGGUCGUCGCAAGAAGAUCUCACGCAGGUUGCCGCAUUUCUCGAAGCAGGUACAUUGAAAACGUUUGUGUCGGCAACGUAUCCCAUCGAGAAGGUACAAGAGGCGUAUGAAGUCGCCAGUGGGAGAUCAACCAAACGAGGGAAGAUUAUUUUGACUAUAUGA